AUGAGUCACCAAGCUGCUGAGAUGUACCGUUGCCCGGUCCAAGCGCCAAUAUUGGAGCAAAAUGAGUUUUCGGCCAUCGCCAACGAAGAAAGCGAUCAAAAUGAGGGUUGGACUGCCCAAACACCUCCAAAACUAUCCACACAGCAGUUCUGCAGCAGUGGGGACAUGUCUAUGCUUCCCACUCCUCUGGUGUACAGCCCCAUGUCGCCUUACAGGGCCGCGAGAUCGCCGGUGGAACCGAGAUUUCCCGGCUCGACGCCGUCCAGCGCUCGUUCCAAGAAGAAAUACGGUACUCUUAACUCGCCCAUCGCGGAAACUUUUAAUCGCUCGCAUGUUUUGGAGGACAAACAGCGGAUCUUGUCCGAAUACGCCCCACACAGCGCGGUCGCCCCUGCCACUGCAAACACGCUAUCGCAGCGUAUCUCUUCCCUUACAGGCGUAGACCGCAAGAUGGAUGCCGUGGAAGAGACAUCGGUCGCUGGAAUAGACGAUACUUACACGCCAGAGUCGCUAAGUCCAUCGACUGAUGAGUAUCUCACUACGUGGCUCGUGAGCAACCCUUCUCAGCCCCUUCGGUUGCACAAGACCCGUCAAAUCGGCGUUGGGAACUUCAGCGACGUGUAUUUGUACGAGAUAACAGAUCACGACAACAACGGCAACGACACAAUUGGGAAGUUUGCUGUCAAGCAUGUGAAAUAUCCAGACGCGUUGAUUCUUUCAUCGUCGCCCAAAUCUCCCCGAUUUCGCGAGCUACUUUCACGCGUGGAAAGCUCACUGAUCCGCGAACUCGAGGUCCUUGCAAGCAUAUCGCAUCCAUGCAUCACUAAUCUGAUCGCCAUCAAUGACCCGAUUUUCAUCUCCAGCCAGCGGCCCCUCAGCAGCGCCGUUUCCAAGCCCGGAGAUAGCCUGCCGCCAUGCCACAUGGUCUUGUCGUACUGUGCGGGUGGAGAUCUGUUCGAAGUGGCAAGUCAAAACGUGCUUCCCGAUUGGCUUUUGCGCCGAAUUUUUGCAGAGCUCACUCUUGCGGUAAAGUAUUUGCAUGAAAAUUUGAUAGUACACCGCGAUCUCAAGCUGGAAAAUGUUCUUCUCAAGUACCCGUUCGACACACUGAUAGAGUUACAAGAACGCGGAGAUACAACAAGACUGGAUCAACUACACAUUGUGGAGUUGGCCGAUUUUGGGCUUUGUCGGCGGAUCGCGCCCGACGAGAUGUGCACUACGCGAUGUGGGUCUGAAGACUACGUCUCGCCCGAAAUACUCAUGGGUGUUCCGUAUGACGGUCGUCUCAGCGAUACCUGGGCCAUGGGCGUCAUACUAUAUGCGCUGCUCGAGGGCCGGCUGCCGUUCGACCCGUUGCCAGCUGCCGUUCCUGGGAAACGACAAAGACGCAGUUCCACCGCUCACAGGAUAUCCCGGUACGAAUGGCGUUGGAUCAAAAUGCUCGAUUCAGACUCACCGGCCAAGCAAAUUGUGGAGAACUGUGUCAAUCGCAAAAACUCACGGUGGGACAUCCAAAAGAUUUACGAAAGUGACUAUGUUUCCCACGAGGUUGCCAAAAUCAAGAAUCUGAACUGA